AUGUUCGCCCCAAGUUUGCUAUCACUUGUUCCGUGGAAACUUAACAAAGAAGUCAAGUUUAGCUCUGAUAUAGCAAGUUUAAGAAAAGAAAAAAACUAAGUUGCAAAAACCAACAAGUGGUCAACCAUUUGGAUACUUUUUUAAUUUUAUUUAAACAUUUGUUGCCCAUUAUAUACACAAAAGGAUAUAGUCAUGCAGUUCGUUACAAUUGCCACUUUGUUGUUUGCAAGCUUCGUCGUUUCUUCGAUGGCUUUGCCUGCUAACUACUACUUACAAUCCCGUGCUUCACCACAACGAUUGAUGUACAUGCAGUAUGUCCAGCAGCCAUCUGUGUCGAGGACUAGUGGACGCUUGACAAAUGCCGCAGCUGCAUUCGUUGCUGGGGACACCGUUGCCACAGGAACUUAUGUUAAAGAUGACAGAAGUGCAGAACAACAAGCCGCUCCAUCAGAUUCAGUCCUUGAUAACACUGGAGCCAAUGCAGCACAAUCGGUAGCUGAAGCCUACCCUGAUGAAUACCCACAAAACGAUGAAGUUCCACAAGUUGCCAACGAUGAAGUUAUAGCUCCAGUUGCUGAAGAAGAAAUCCCACUUCAAGACGAAGCUGCACCACAAAAUGAUGCGGUUCCAGAAGCCAGCCCAGAACCAGCUGCUGACGCUCCAGCCCCAGAACCUGCAUCAGCCGCUGUAGAACUUGAAGAUGAAGUUGAAAACGACGAAGAUAACGAGGCCAGUGAUGAUGAAAGCAAUUAUGUGCCAAACAAUUCUCGUCGUGGUCCAGCUGCAAGAGCUCCCGAAUCAGCACCAGCUCCAGCUGGAAGCUUUUUCUCUGUAGAUUUUGGUGGUGCCAGUGGUGGAGCCGUUGCUAUUUCAAAUAGCUAUAGCACCGGUUCAAAUGGUUCAGCCAAGAGUCAAGCUGUUGCUUUUGGUAAUCCAGAGGAUGUUAGGCUAAAGAGUGCCCCCAGUCGUCGUCGUCAUUAGAGAUUUAUAAUUUGUAUUGAUGCAUCGAAAGUGGAACAUAGGCAAUCGUAGUAAUUUUAAGAAAAAAUAUUAAAUGCGAAUGGAAUAAUAAAUUUGAAAAAGAAAUU